UUACAAUCAACGUUUUCUCGGUUAUUAUCCGGAGAACCAAUGAGUAUCGAGAAUGCGGUCCCGUUAGAACUAGAUAAUAUUACAACCGUAACUGUGUAGUAUAUAAAAAAAGGGUUAUAUAUAGAUAUGUAGGCUACCUACUUUAUUUUUUUAUAAGUUGACAUUACAGUUAUUGACUCAGUCAGUCGGUGAAAAGCAUAAAUACUUGAGAAUCGGUCCGUGGCAGCAGACAGUUGACGGACACAAAGACAGGGUCAGUCGCUACUCUAUUUUUCAUUAGUUAGUUUUCGAUUGACCUAUCAAAUUUCUUCACUGAGUGAACGUGUGUAAAUAGUUUAUAAUCGGACUAUUGCAGACAGUUUAGGGAAACCACAGAGAAAGGGUCAGUCGCAGUAUUAUUGUGUAGGCCUAGAUCUACAUGUAAAUUUUGCAGUAAUCAUGGAUAAAAGCCCAAAUGGCAGCAGUUGUGAUGUUGUUGUUUAUAACACAGAAAAAUGGAUCGAAGAAAAUAAACAGUUCUUUUUACCACCAGUAUGCAACAAAAUGAUGCAUAAUGGACAGAUGAAGGUAUUUUAUGUUGGUGGACCAAAUGUGAGGAAAGACUACCAUUUAGAAGAAGGGGAAGAGUUAUUUUAUAUGGUAAAGGGUGAUAUGUGUUUGAAAGUAUUAGAACAUGGUAAACAUAAAGAUAUUAUCAUUAAAGAAGGAGAGAUAUUUCUAUUACCUGGCAGAGUGCCACAUUCACCUCAAAGACAAGAGUCAACAGUAGGUCUAGUGAUAGAGAGGGAAAGAUUAAAGUCCGAGUUAGAUGGUUUAAGGUAUUAUCAAGAACAUGAUGGUGUUCCUACAGUACAGUCUUUAUAUGAGAAAUGGUUUUAUUGUGAAGAUCUUGGUACACAGUUAGUUCCAAUUAUAAAGGAGUUUUUCGAAUCAACUCAGUACAAAACGGGUAUUCCAAAAGAAGGUACAAUACCAAAAGAUCCCCCAAUAACAGUUGAUUCUGAAGUAACAUUAAAAAAUCCAUUUAGUUUAAAGAAUUGGAUAAAUAAAAAUCGAGCUGAUCUCAAUAGCAAGGGCUGUAUGUCCUUAUUUGGUAAUGGAAAUCAGUUUCAGGUUAUGGUGUAUGGUAAAGGGGAAAAUUCUGGAAAACAUCUUGUAGCUGAAACAUGGAUCUGGCAAUUGGAGGGAACAUCAACUGUAACAAUUAGUGGAAAGACAUAUGAAUUAUCUGUUAAUGAUACUGUGCUUAUACCCAUUUGUAAAAUGUAUACAGCAAAACGGUGUGAGAACUCAGUGGCUUUGAUAUGUUUUCAAGAUCCGGGUUUGAAACGAGAAAUAUAAAGGAUAAAACCACUGUUUGUUGUUGUUGAUUGUUUCCUUUUCACAUGAGAUUGUUAAAUCAUGAUAAAUCAUCACUGAUCUUGUAAUUUGUUCCUGUAGUAAUAUAUAUUGUAAUGUAGAUGGAAUCUGUAAUGUUUGAAUGUUAGACUUUUGAAUCAUAAUCAAGACAGCAAGGUUUACUUUAGACAGAUAUUUCGAGCCAAGCCGACAAAUGCUCAACGCCUUUUUUUGAUUUCUAAAUUUGAAUUUGCUUCAUGUUUGGUAUUUGAUAUUAUAUUAAUUUUAAGAAUUUUAAACGUCCAACGUCCAAAUUGAGCAUUUGCUUCAUAAUGUAGCAAAAUAUUAUAUCAUUCACUUUUAUAAAUAAAGCACUGCCACUAACACACAAACAUUGCAUAUGGGAAAAUUCUAAUGAAAAUUAAUUUCACGAUUUAGACUGUUAAAUGGAAUAUAUUUGGACCAGGAAUGGGGCCCCAAUACUCUACUCAUCUUGUUCUUGUUCUUCUUAAGGGGCAACACUCUUCGAAAAAUACCUAAAGGUUUGCCGCCAAUCCAAUUACAAAACUUGGCAUUCAUGUUCCUUGGACAAUUGCUCAUCAAUUGAUGGAUUCGAUUUUUGAUGUGACGUCACAAUUCCAAGAUGGAUGCGAUGAUGUCAUGCUUGGUUGCUAGUCUAUAAUAUGCUUGUACUUGUUGUUUUUUUCUAAUGGGAUCUGUAUGUGAAUAAGUAAUAAUUUAUUCAUUUAUAUUUGUAUAGUAAAUCUUUGAUAUUGUUUAACCACUUAACGAUUUAACUUUAUAUUUAAUUAAGAGAUAUUAAUUUAAUAUUUUAAAUGUUGGGAACAGUUGGUAUGUACAAAAUGAUUUCUUGCCAAGAUUCGCUCAUAAAAUAGAUUUUUAAAAAAAAUCAAUUUUGCUGGAUGUUGUAGAAAUCAUUUAAUUUAUUCAAAUAAACUAUAAUUACCUCAUUUUUAACUUACUGCAUAAUUUACUAAACCUAUAGAAAUAAUUGUUUGUUGUGCUCAAUUUUUGUGUUAAAAGAUGUUUUGUUUUUUUUAAAUUUUUUCCUGCUUUGGCUUUUUUGUUGAUUUUAAUUUUGCAGUGCUCAAUAUAUUCUCAUAAUUUUCGACCUAUUUGGGUACUAGACACAAAAGCUUGUCAAUGAUGUCAAUUACGGGACUGAUGUUUCUUUACUUUGGUGCAUAACUUUUAAGUUAUUACAUAUCAAACAUAACAGGUAUCCAACCAGUACUGGGCAAAUUUGUAAUUCAUGACGUCUAAAGUAGCAGGUCAUUUGUACCCAACAGGUUUAACUCAACCAAAUGAUGAAAUAUAUGAUUUCAUUUUUAUUUACUAAUUUUAUGUAUAAGCAUUAUUUUUUUUGUGUGAUAUUUUCAAAGUCUUAUGGGCCCUUGGUGUUAAUUAUACAUGAAGAUUUUAAUACAGAUCUUUGAAAUUUGAUAAAAUUAUUAUUAUCCCUUUUUCAUCAUGUCCAGUAUAUUUAAUGGAUAUUUUUAUAAUGUUAUUUCUUAUAUUAAGAUAUCUAGUCUUCAGCUAUAUUUGAAGCAGUUUUUGUUGAUUAUAUGGUAUUAGAUUAGUGGUACAUGUAUUUCAUGUUAGUGUGACAGAUAAUAUACAGAAUUGUUUUCUGUAUUUUGUGAUAUAUUAGAUUACAUUAAUUGUAUUGACAGCGAUGUAAUUAAAGUAAUGUAGCAAUU